AAGGGGGCCAUGCCCAUGCCCAUGCAACAAGAGAAUGCGAGCGGGCGGGAAUAUUACAGUGAAGUGGACGCAAAGCAAGGAACCCACCCUCACCACACCACAGCCCCUACAAUAAGGCAGCCAACACCACAUGCUGACAACUCCAUGCAUUUUGUACAUCUUAAGCUAGCAUCGUACAUACUAUAUGCAGGCAUAGAUAUAUGCAAUAACCUCUCGAUCGAUCGAUCGCUUUCGUUCUCUAGCUCUAUCUUCAACUACAUUCCCACUCGUAACUAACCCAUCGAUCGAUCGAUCAUACCGAUCGGUGGUUUUGUCUUGUCUCUGGCCUUUAAUUUCCGUCUUGAUUUGCAUACCAUAUAUAUGUAUCACCAUUCUCUCUAGCUCUCCCAAUCCCUACAUAUAUAUAAUUGUGUGCAUGCAUAUAUAUACUUCGUUGUAUAUAUAUAGUUGCACCGAGAUCGACCGAAUUCAGUUGUGCCGGCCGGUAUAGGAGUUACUAAACAGCCCGACACCAGCAAAAUGGUAGGAGGAGGAGAAGGUAACGGCGGCGGCGAGGUGGUGGUGGUGGGGCGGGCGGAGAUCGACACCAGAGCACCGUUCCGGUCGGUGAAGGAGGCCGUCGUCCUCUUCGGCGAGAAGGUCCUCGCCGGGGAGCUCUACGCCGGACGACGCCCCACGGCCGUCACCGAGAACCGAGGGGUAGCAACAAGCAGAUCCAACCAGCACGCCGCCGUCGUCACCACAGCUGCCGCGGUCGUCGCUGUGUCACGCGACGUGCCGCCGGUCACGGUGGAGCUGGCGGAGGCGAAGCAGGAGCUGGAGAAGGAGCGGGAGGAGAAGCAGAAGAUGGCCGGGUGCAUCCAGUCCCUGCAGGAGGAGCUGAGCCACGCCAUGAUGGAGCUCAAGAGGCUCAAGGCGCGCGACGAUGAGGAGGCGGCGGCCACCAAGGUCAUCGACCUGCAGGUCGACGAGGGCCUCAGCUUCAUCGAGGUGGAGAAGCAGCGGGGCUCGACCGACAACAUUGGCGCCGCUGGGGGCGGAGGCGAGCUCCAGAAGAAGAGGUACGUAACGUUCGCCGACCCGCCGACGGCCGCAGCCGCCGCGUGCCGCGCGCCGCCCUUGCCGGACGUGGUGAUGGAGCUGCACCGCGCGCCGCCGCAGCCGCAUUACUACCGCGAGCCACGGUUCCAGAGGCAGAUGUCAGCCGGGCACGAGCCGGCAGUGAAGGCGGCGGCAUCGGCGGGGGAGGAGGGGAGGAAGAAGAAAAAGAAGCCGCUGAUCCCGCUGGUGGGCGCGCUGUUCAUGAGGAGGAAGAGCAGCAGCAGCAGCUGCCACGACGACUCGUUUUGACCAAUAUAUCAAUCCAUGCAUGCGAGAGUUUUAAUCAUCCAAGAGCCUUCAGUUAAUCGAAUAUAAUGCACAAUGCUUUGGUUAUGGACUUGAGAUCAAUAAACUUGUACGCAACCACAUAUAAAUAGCAAAAUUGGUGUUUGUUUCAGU